AUGGAACUCAACCGAGAACAUUUUCGCGCCAUAAUUUAUUACAACCUUCAGAGACAAUUAUCGCAACAAGAAUGCCUUGCUGAGUUACUGUCUGUUUUCGGUAACGGAGCGCCACAUCAGUCGACAAUUUCCCGUUGGUAUGGAGAAUUCAAACGUGGACGGGUGAGACUUAGCGACGAUUCCAGCGUGGGUGCACCAAAAACGGCAGUCAUGAAGGAAAACGUCGAUGCUGUGCGCAAACUCAUCAUUGAAGAUAGACAUGUGACAUAUCGCGAGAUUGAGGCGUCCUUGAAGAUCUCAAAGACCCCAAUUCAAAAAAUUUUACAUGAAGAAUUAGGAGUAAGAAAACUAGUUUCUCGUUGGAUACCCCACCUGUUGACUGAAGAGCAGAAAGCAGCCAGGGUUAAUGGUGUCAAAAAACGCUUGAACGUUUUCCAAGGUGAAGAAAAGCCAACAAAAGUCAUCCGUUCUCGAAGUGUUUCGAAAAAGGUGGUCGCGACAUUUGUGUCAAAAGCGGGUCAUAUUGCAACAAUUCCUCUUAAUGAGCAAAGAACUCGAGCGCCCUACAAUGCUGUAAGACUAAUAAAGGCAUUAUUAUUAUUAUUAUUAUUAUUAUUAUUAUUAUUAUUAUUAACUGUUACUGCGGAUUGGUGUACCACCAUUUGUUUGCCAAAAGUCAUCACCGAGCUUCGAAAAAUCAACCCCAAAAGAAGAAUCAUCCUCCACCAAGACAAUGCAAGCUCGCACACAACCCAAAAAACAAGGCAGUAUUUAACGGAAGAAAACGUGGAAUUAUUGGACCAUCCUCCAUAUAGUCUCGAACCAAGUCCUAACGAUUUCUUUACUUUCCCGAAAAUUAAAAACAGACUGCGUGGUCAAAGUUUCCAGUCACCAGAAGAAGCAGUUGACGCAUUCAAAAAUGUUUUCGAUCUGCCAGCAAACGAGUGCAAUAAUUGCUUCGAAAAUUGGUUCGAGCGCAUGCAGAUGUGUAUUGGAGAAUACUUCGAAAAACAAUAA